AUGAAAGAAGAAUUGAUUGCAAAUGGAAAAGAAACCCAGUUUGGGAAAAGUUUUCACAACAAGAAAAUUUUCCUUGGCAAGAUUGGUGAGGAUGAGUAUGUUACUGUAGAGGAGUUUGUAGAUGGCUUGUUUGUGAAGUAUAUUAAUAAUACUGGAGAUGUAUGUGGAGAGAAUGUUGAGCUUUCUGAUAAAGCUGAAUGUCUUGCACACUUCUCUUAGUCCGUGUGUUGUGACCCGAUAUCGUUCACUUUCAUUAAGCAUGUCUUAGAUCUGAAAUAUUUUUACGGGAACUAACACUUUCGAACACACUGAGUUCAAAUCCGAAAAGUUCCCACUCCGUAGACCCGCAGUUUUUUCACAAAAUGCUAUUUUAUCUUCACUAAUUUCACAACAAUUUUUUUCAUUGUUCAACGAUACGGAUCGAUGACGAUACACGAUUAUGUCACUCAAAAGGACCAAUUUCUAUUAACCAUUCUUCCUUUUAACAAAAGACCGGUUUUGCUCGAAUCAUUUUGAGUUAUGUAAUCUUAUGCGUGUUGGACGUAAACAACAUAUCCUGUCUAUAACCUUGAGAAGGUACAGAUAACGCUUUCUAAAAUCCUCAGUUCUAGAGAUAUCUCUAUAAAAUCACAAUGACGUUAAUGUCAAGUCUUUUAGCUAUGUCACUGGCCUGAAAAAUAACUCUUUUAACGCGAUCAAGAUAUUUAAAACAAAAGUAACGCGAAGCCAACGUAACGGCAAAGAUAACGCUAAAACGAAAUAUUGUCGAAUGGUUGCAGGUAGAAGACUUACGACAGGAUCAAUCUUAAAUAACCUUAAACUAUAAGAAUAAAUGUUCACAUCAAAGACAAAGAUCAGUCACAAAGUAUAAAAUACGCUCUGUAAACUUACCGCGAAGUAGAGAAAUGUGUGCAUGAGCUGUUUAUUUGAUGAUUUCGACGUAUAUAGAAGCCCUCUUUCCAAUAAUACUCGCUUAUCGCACAGUAUAACACCAACUGAUGUAAUAGUUCAAAUGCAAUGAUAAGUUAUCUCCUGAAUUACGUCUUGGAAACCGUGUUGGAAAUUUCAGUGAUGAUCCAUUACAUAUAGAUUACCGUUUUAUAUCUUUGUAUAAAACAUUUUGAUCGCAUGUAAGGAAUUGUUUCUCAGCCCAGAGACAUAGCCCAAAGACUUGACAUUAACGUCCUUGUGAUUUUAUAGAAAUAGAUCCAGAACUAAGGAUAUUAGAAGGAAUUAUCUGUACCUUCUCAAAGUUGUAGACAAGAUAUGUUGUUUACGUCCAACACGCAUAAGAUUACAUAACUCAAAAUGAUUCGAGCGAAACCGGUCUUUUGUUAAAAGGAAGAAUGGUUAAUAGAAAUUGGUCCUUUUGAGUGACAUAAUCGUGUAUCGUCAUCGAUCCGUGAUGUUGAACAAUGAAAAAUUUGUUGUGAAAUUAGUGAAGAUAAAAUAGCAUUUUGUGAAAAAACUGCGGGUCUACGGAGUGGGAACUUUUCGGAUUUGAACUCAGCGUGUUCGAAAGUGUUAGUUCCCGUAAAAAUAUUUCAGAUCUAAGACAUGCUUAAUGAAAAUCGUUUUCUAGGCACUUUUCGAGGUCACAACACACGGACUAUCUUACGAACAAUCUCAAAAAAAAGUUAUGGCCUACUCAACAUCCAAGGCUGUGGGUGCACUCUCUUCGACCCCGAAAUUGCUUCCAAGCGAAUAGUGUCUGAGGAUGAAUCAACAUAUUUGUUUUGCACAGGUAAUUUGUCAAUUACUGCGAUAAACAAUUUUAUUGGCAAACAUACAUGCAACUUGUAUUGCCAACUUAAGUGUAAUAAAAUAUCUCGUAAAUUCGCUCAAAUAAUCGUAUAGACUUACUCAGAUACUCGUAGAUAUGCCAAUGUCUCGAUGUUCGCUUCAUAUGACUUGUAUAUCGCUCAAAAUCUUGUAAAUAUUCCACUCAAUCGUUCGUAAAUUCUUUCGAAGCUUGUCAAUUAUAUCAUGUUCAUAGAUUCUCCUGAAGGACUCGUAAAUUCUCUCAAAUAACUCGUAGAUUGGCUCAUAUUCUUGAAGUGUUCUCAAUUUCAAUCUGUUUCAAUCCAGCUCAAAGAAGGACCAUGUUUCAUAUUGCAUCUCCUUAAACAGGAGUCAACCGAUUUAUAUAACAAAACCAUUUAA